UCCUGUCUUGUAGGACUGGCAUCUUGUACAUCUACUGCGAAAGAUGGAAACCAUGCAUGAGCUCAUCCCCUUUGCCAAAGAGAUGCUCAGCCAGAAGCCCAACAGGAAGAUGGUCAAGCUGUACAUGCUGGGCAGCGUGCUGGCUUUCUUUGGGGUGGUUAUUGGUCUGGUGGAGACAGUGUGCAGUCCGUUCACCUCUCCAGAGAGGCUAGAGGAGGAGAGGAGAGCAGCCCCGACACAAGAGCAAACGGAACAGCAACAGGAGAACUUGGUCUUGGAGAAGAGCAAGAACGCGGCGCUGCUGCAGCGGAGCCUGGUGACCCGGCAGCACGCGUCCUGA